AUGGCAUCUCCCUCCCUGUAUUCCUCCUAUAUAAUGAGGGCUGUGUGGAUCUUGAUCCUCCAUACAAUAAUGCUCGUGGUUUACACUUUACAGCCUCAUCUCCUACAAUAUCUCCACCUUGGAUAUGCGUUGCUGACCGUUCCGUUCACCUUCUGGCUGAUGCAGAAUAGGGCAAUCCGAAUCUUGACCAAAUUAAUCGACAAUCGUAUCCGACGACAUGAGGAUCCAGUUAUCAAACAAAGAAUCCUCGAGUUGAAGUCGUCUUCCUCCUCCGCUUUGGCUUCGAUUCCUUACGUUUUGGGCGUCAAUGCAAUGAAGAUAUCGGGGAAGCUGUGGACCGUUGGUCUGCUAACAACCUAUGUUGUCGGCGUCAUACGCAUCACAAACGUGACCGAAGAUGAUGAUGGCAAGUUGGAGUUUGCGAAAUCCAUCGGUCUCGUCUGUGUGUGGAUUUGCUGCCUCGCCUCGAUUUGUCUGCGGAUUAUUCCGAUCCUUCGCCUCAGAAAGAUGCAUGGUCAACUUACCCGCUUACAUACUGAAGAUCCAGUUAUCAGGAAAAGGAACUUGCAGUUGAAGAAGAAGGAGAAGAAGAAGAGAUACAAGGAGAAUAGGAAGAACAAGAUGAAGAACUCCUCCUCCGUUUCAGUGGACUCUGCGGGGUUAACGUAG